AUGGACCUACAGCAACUACGUUUGGAAUUGCGCUUCCCAAAUGGCUCGUUUCCGAAGGAAUAUGGAGCCCUAUGGCCCAAAUCUUCCCCAUUGCUGCAAUUGCCACACAUUGGUGAUCACAAUCUGAACUUUAUCAAACGGAACAAAGUGCACAAUUGCCCCCAGUUGGCGAAUUUGGACGAGCAGAAACGGAAACAAGUUUUGAACUCAUUGGACGAGAUGCAGUACCGCGAUGUGCUGAUUGUUCUCUCAUCGAUGCCCCAGCUCCAGAUCGACACUCACUUUGAAGUAGCCGGCGAGGAUGAUAAGCAUGAAGUCACGGCUAAAUGCCUCGUGACCCUAAAAGUCACACUGACCCGUCGCUCGCUCCUUGACCGUAGCGUGGUGCCUGCAGAGGAUGAUUAUCGUGCCAAGAGUGCCGAUGAGAACAGCGGCGAUGAGAAUGAAAAGUCUGAUGAUGAGGACGAGGAGAAGAAGAAAGAAGAAGAGGAAAAGAAACCGAAGCGAAAGGUCUGGGAGAAGCAGCCGAAGAAAGGAAAGGGCAAACCGAAGCAGAAGCCGAAGCCGAAGCCAAAGGCCCCUGCGGCGGCUCCUGUAGAGGCUUCGCCCGAACCAUCCCAGCCGACCACUUCUGUCGGAAACACACCGUCCGAGGCUUCGCCGAAGAAGAAACCAAAGAAGCCCGCCAACGGUGACUCAGAAUCUGACGAGGAAUCUCAGUCUUCGGGAUCCGAGGAACCGGCCCAGUCUGGUGGGGACCAAGACGACAGCGACGUCGACGAAGAUUGGGCAAAGCCGCCGAAGAAUAUCUUCGAAUCAAAAUCAAAAGAAACACAUCCGGUUCACGCGCCAUUCUACCCAGGAGAGAAAUUUGAGUGGUGGUGGUUGUCAUUGACACUCAAGGACCACAAGCAGCACCGGCGGUUAGUCGCACCGGUGACGCCGUGCAAGACGUUGGUGGACAGCCAGACGAUCGAGAUGAGGUUUAACGCCCCUGAUGAAAAGGGAAUAUACACGUUCACUCUUGGCGUGCAUUCUGAUUCGUACAUGGAUGCAGACUACAGUCGUGACUUGAAAUUGGAUGUCAAGGAAACCAAGAUAGUCGCCGCGCCCAAAUACGAAUCUACCGACGAUGAAGAGGAGGAGAAGGCCGACGCUUCAUCCGAGGAAGAAUAUACCGAAGAAAGCGAUGAUGAG